GUUGCAGGUCCCCGCGCGCUGGCCCACACCUGCAGGAGCGCGAGGAGAUUUUAUCGUUUUGUGAUCCCGUAGGAAACCCGCAGCGGCCAUAAGUGUUUUCGUCGUCUGCUCAUUUUGAAGGCACUAUACGCAUUCGCCCACGAACUACCCCUCAUCACCAUAUCGACCGUUGGAGAUAACUACCAACACAGCGCUGUUAUGGGGAACUACUACCACCCUGGUUAUGUUCCAACGUUGCUAUUUGACUUCGCCCGGCCGUGGAACCUCCAUGACAAGGUCUUCAAUGUCUUGUUUCAUGUGAUUUAUGCUGCGGUUUGGAGGUACGUCGUGGUGCCUGCGAUACAGUAUGAGGUCAGGAGACACUUCCCUGACCUCCCUCCGCUGCUCGACCUGGAGAGGAACCAAAGUCUCGCCCUCGUGAACUCCCACUUCAGCGUCGACAUGACCUUGCCUCUGCUGCCGUCCCAGGUCCAGAUCGGGGCCAUCCACUGCCAGCCUGCCAAGCCCCUUCCUCAGGACUUGGCAGGGUGGGUCCGCGGCGCCGGCGAGGCAGGGGUGGUGUACGUCAGCCUCGGCUCCAUGGCAAGGGGGGACUCCAUGCCGACCCAGCACCGCGACCUCUUCGCCAGGGCCUUCGCCAGGAUGAAGCAGAGGGUCAUCUGGAAGUACGAGGACGUGGUCCCGGGAGUGUCCGACAACGUGCUGGUGAGGAGGUGGCUCCCCCAGCAGGAUAUUCUCGCUCAUCCGAACGUGAAGGUGUUCUUGUCACACGGCGGGCUCCUGAGUAUGCAGGAGACCGUCUUCCACGCCACGCCCGUCCUGGCUCUUCCCAUCUUCGGAGAUCAGGCCAAGGUCGCCGCCCUCAUCCAGAACGAAGGCUAUGGGCGCCGCCUCGAGUGGGAGGAGCUGACGGUCGACCUCCUGGUGGAGACACUUCAGGAGAUCAUCAACAAUCCGAAGUACCUCGAGCGAGUGACCACCGCCUCCAAGACACUCCGAGACCAGCCCGAGUCGGCCCAGGACCGCGCCGUCUACUGGACCGAGUACGUCGUACGGCACGGCGGCGCCCCCCACCUCCGCUCCCCCGUCACGGAGCUCUCCUGGGCCGAGUUCCUGCUCCUGGACGUCUUCCUGGUGCUGGGGGUGGCGGCGAAGGGGGCCCACCUGCUCUACAGGGCCCUCUCGCGGCGGACGUGGCCUCUGCCGGGGAUCAAGUGGAAGCUCGACUAACGGCGACGUGGAUUGUGGAACGCCAGCUCUCUGUCCUUCUGUUGUUUUCUGUCCUGUCUGUCUGUUGUUUCCUGCUCUCUGUCCUUCUGUUGUUUCCUGCCCUCUGUCCUUCUGUUGUUUCCUGCCCUGUCUGUUUGUUGUUUCCUGCUCUCUGUCCUUCUGUUGUUUCCUGCCCU